CGCAACUCCAUGCAGGGGCCCAAUAUUAUCUUAUCAAGCCCACACCCGGCUUCCGCCAGACCGCUCUGUCCAUCUUCCACCCGUCCUUCGACAUUCGCCAGAGUACCUCCUCGGUUGACCUCUAGGUCACGCUGCAUCAUAUUCGCCCGCCACCAUGAAGAAGGUCCUAUUGGCAACCAACGCGGAGCACGGGCAGGCGAAUGUCUUCCUCGCCGCCGGACACGCCCUGCAAGCGCUUGAUGCGGACGUUGACAUUCACUUCGCCUCGUUCAGUUCCAUCUCCAAGGACUUCUCUUCCGCGUCCGAGUACUCGGUGAAAUGCACAAAGGGCGCCCGGCCAUGGACCUUCCACCUGCUCGAUGGUUUGAGCAUGAUCGAGGCGGUCCAGAACAAGCCUGAAGCGGAAAACCUGGGUCCUCUCCUAGACGAGCACCCGAGCUUCUCGACCAAGGUGGCGAUUCUGCGAGUCUUUAUGGUCCUGUUGAUGCCCCACAGCGGCCCCGAGUUCAUCCAGGUUUACAAAAGUUUUGCGCGAGUCGUCGACGAGGUCCAGCCCGACAUCAUUGUCGUCGACUCCCUCUUCUCCCCAGUCCUGACCGCCUGCCGCCACCUCAAGCUGAAGCACCUCGUCUUUUCGCCCAACACGCUCAAGGAUUUCUCUGCCGCGCUGCAGCCGUGGGGUGCCAUGCUGUGGAAGUUUCCUGCCAUGGGGUCCGCCUUUGAGUUCCCCGUCCCGUGGACGGCCAUCCCGGCCAACAUCUUCUACUGCUUCUACCAGAUCUAUGUCUCGCUCACGGACCGCCGCGUAAAGGCCAUGAAAGCCCACAUCAAGCGCGAGCUGGGCGCCGACGUCGUGUCGUUUGACACGCUCAUGCUCAGCCCGCUGCCGGGGCAAAAUAUCCUCGUCGGCAACCGGCCCGAGACCGACUUCCCGCUCGCCUACAUCCCCAAGCACCUGACCCCGUGCGGCCCUGUGAUCCGGCCCGCACCCUCGGCGGCCGAGGUCGACCCGGAGCUGGAUUCGUGGCUGAGGCGCGGCCCGACUGUGUUCAUCAGCUUGGGGACGCACAGGGCCAUGGACGAGGACGAGGCGCUCGAGAUGGCGGCCACGCUCCGUCAGCUGCUCGAGGCUGGCGAUGCCCGGAAAGAAGGCGGCGUCGGAGGCGUCGCUGGGAAACUGCAGGUGCUGUGGAAGUUGAAGAGAGCCAAGCCUACCCACACGCCCACCUAUGAGGCCGGGCCGGGCACGAGGGUCUACCGUGCUCUGCAGAAUUUCAUGGAGGCUGACCGGAUUCGCAUUCUGGACUGGGUGAAGCCCCAGCCAUCGGCGGUCCUCGAGGUUGGAACCGUGGUGUGCUCCAUCAACCACGGCGGGGCGAACUCGUUCCAUGAUGCUGUGACUUGCGGCGUUCCCCAGAUUGUGCUUCCCAGUUGGCUGGAUUGCUACGACUUUGCAAGCAGGGCCGAGGUGCUGCGCAUCGGCCGCUGGGGCAACAAGAAAACCAUGCCGCUGUGCACAGCGUAUGAACUUGCGCCUAUCCUCAUUGACGUCGUGCUGGGGCCUCGGGCAGAGUCGAUGAGGAGCAGAGUCCGGGAACUUGCGGCCUUGUGUGCUAGGACGCCGGGUGCUACGGUGGCUGCAUCUGCCAUUUUGGCCGAGGUGGAAGAUAGAAAGACGAAGUGAUGGUGCAUAGAAUAUAGAAGUAGAUGCGUGCUAUAGAAAUAGUUAGGGUCAUUGCAGAGUCAUUACUGGUAGGUAUCACGGACACGAAAAGAAGGUUACAAACCCA